AUGGAUUCCGGGCCUAUGUCAGUGGACAGCUCAGCCAUGGAUGCGCCUGCUCCGUCCAAGAGCACCGCAGACGAGCCGAAGUACGGUGGGCAUUCACGGUUCGAACUGGAGUUGGAGCUCGUUCAAUCUCUCGCCAACCCCCUGUACCUCAACUAUCUGGCCUCGCGCAAGUUCCUGACGAACCCGGCCUUUGUCGCGUACCUCGACUACCUCCAGUACUGGACGCGGCCACCUUAUCUUAAGUACCUGACCCAUCCCACCGCAUCGCUCAAGAUGCUCCAGCUCCUGCAGCAAGAGAAGUUCCGUCAGGAUAUCAUGAGCCCGGACCUCGCGCAGGCCAUGAUGGUCGAGGGGGUGAGGGCCGCCGUGGAGUGGCAUCGCGAGGCGUGA